AUGUCGGCGACCCCCCACCCCUUUCUAGCAUCGCUUGCCCGCGAUGCCGGGGACACCUUCUCACACGUUUCUAGCAUCGCUUACCCGCGAUGCCGGCGACACCCUCCCACCCCUUUCCUAGCGCUGUUCACCGUCAACCGCCUUGUGCAGUACAUAUCUCGCCGCCGGCGGGACUCGAACUCGCGUCGCUCACCUCGGUGUCCGGUGUUUCAGCGGCCGCCGUCGUCAUCGCUCUCGUUCAGCGGCCAGGGCAACGAGGACGUGCGAUCGCCAGGCUCUGGCGGCACGCCCGGUCCCCUUAGCCACCCCCCUGCCUCGACCCAGAGCGCAGACAACGGCAGCGAAGCAGGCGACGCCAGCAACGCCAGCAUAGGCAGCGGCGACGGCACCGGCGAGGAGGAGGACGACACGGGAAAGAAGAACCACAAAAAGAGGGGCAUCUUCCCCAAAGUCGCCACCAACAUACUGCGCGCCUGGCUGUUUCAGCACCUAACGCACCCGUACCCGUCUGAAGACCAGAAGAAGCAGCUGGCGCAGGACACAGGUCUGACGAUACUUCAAGUCAACAACUGGUUCAUAAACGCGAGGCGCAGGAUUGUUCAGCCCAUGAUUGACCAAUCAAAUCGCGCAGUGGGAUUCCCCGGACCAGCGGCGGCCUACUCGUCCGAGGCGGCUAGCAUGGGUUAUGUGAUGGACACGCAUCAGCAGAUGCUGCACCGCACCGGAGACCCGUACCAGGACUAUGCGGCCGGCCGCCGCCUACCAGCAGCAGUACUACGGACACCACCUGUAGCCGGCGGUGGCCGACGGGAUCUCUUCAGCGGUGGUGCUCGACAGCUGUGUUUCGCGGCGUCAUCGAUAGAUGGUGCUGGGUGCUGGACGCCGCCAGACGGACGCGGAGCGCCGUUGGGGCGACGGACUGCUUAACUGUGUGUUCAACGGCUAAGGCGCUUGGUCAGCCUAAUACGGUGUGCAUUGUGUGUGUUGGAGUGUGGGGUGGCCCUCGUGAGCGGCAGCAAUAGGCGCUGGCCGGGGGCGACACGGGCCGCGCGCGCGCGCGCGCCACACGCGCCCGGCACUCCCGCUGGUGUUGUAUGUUCAAUGUGAUGACGACUGUACAUACUUUGUUACUGCGUACCGAGAUGAGUGUCGUGGUGCCGCGCCAGCGCUGGCCGUACUUUGGGACGUACCUAAGUAGUGCAUACCCUUAUUUGUUGAGCGGCCCGGCUCCCAGAGCGGAUCGACGAAUGGCGCCCCGUUUGUUUUCCGCGGCCGUUCGGUUCGGGAGCGCACGCCCCGGGGCGGGAGGAGUCGUUUCUGUCGCGCCGGCCGCGCGCCAGGCCCGCGCCGCGCUCGACCGCGGCGGGUGCGCCCAUCGGGCCGUGCCCGCCGCCGCGGCGGCGCGGCCCGGGCCGGCCGGCGGCGCGCGCACCUCACUCCGAGCGCGCGCUGUAUAAUGGAAACAACAGGGUAUAUCAUUGUGCGUUCGGGCAUUUCUGUUCAUGCAGGCACCCACCACACACAUCCCACACAUCGGCACACCUACAGGGCGGCGGCGCGCGGCGGCGGCGGCGCGGGCCCGGCGGCGGCGUGGCCCGCCGGGCGGCCCUAGUACGUAGUCUCCUCAUAUCUGCCCGCCGGCCCCGACAGCGGCCGACUGCCUCAAUCGGUGUGUAUGUGUCGUAGCAUAUGAUCAAAAUCUCUCCAGCCCGCCUCCUCGACGCACCCUGCCGCCCACAGCAGAGCUCUGUAUCGCUUCCGGUACGCCGCCGCUAACACUUCGCAUGAACAAACCGAAUCUUAUUUAUUGGACCCUCAACCACCAUUCGCAUUCUAGCUUCCUGACACGGACGGCUCUGAUCUGUUACGCCAUAAUGGCUAGUGCUCUUAAAUUAUAUUUCGACAGUCUAAAAGCUUAAGCUGGCCGCUAUUGGCUAUUGACCUCAUUGCGACCGUUCAAAUCGAAUGUUACAAGGUGAGAACUGUCAUAAUUCACGCAUAAUGAUUCAUUGUUUGUUAACAUGAUGCCGGCAUCGCCUGACCUCGCAUGGUGUGCAUAAAGAUAAGCUUCGGUUUCAAUAGUUCCUGCGUUUAUGCCGACUCCCAAAUGUGAUUUAUUUGCUUAUCUAACAUGUGGGUUUAUUUUUGGGUUGCGACUGUUGAAUGCGCCGUGUGGCUUUUCUUUGUCGCUGAGGGAGCCUCACGAAUUCGGCGGCUGCAGUAUCGUUUGGACGUGACCUGAACUUACAACUUCAUGUACAGCUUGAUCGACAGUGGUAUUUCAUGUACAAAACUAGCGUCUGUACUGACUUGUUGUCUGGAUUAGAAUGCAUUGUAUAUGGUUUUUGAAUGAGAACAUUACAGCUACUGAAUUGUGUAAAUGUACACGGCUGGUUUUAUUUUUUUCGUUGGAAACAUUUGCGAUGCAAGCGAGCGAGGAGCAAAGAACAUGAUUGUCACGGUCUAAAUGUGUGGUUCUGCGAAUAACAGAGCAACGGCCAGCAAGACA